CCCUCGCGGAGCGCCGUAGCCCGCCCGUUGCCAUGGCGGCGAGAAGCUGAGGGGUCGGGCCCGGCCCGGCCGCACCGGACCCGCGGGGAGCCCGGCCCCGGCCCAGCGGGGCGCCCUGCACACCGGGACACCCGGCGAGUCACCCCCGGCGUCAGAGCAGCGCUGACUGAGUGAGCCCGGAGCCCUGUGCUAACCGGCUGCUGUGUGCGGCUGUAUGAACAUCUGCAACAAGCCUCCUAAUAAGACAGCUCCGGAGAACUUGGGUGAAGCUGGUCCUGAGGUUCAACGUGCUCGAAGAAAUGGCUGGAGCUGGCCCCUGCACCCCUUCCAGAUCAUCACCUGGCUGCUCUAUCUCUUCUUUGCGCUGGUUGGAUUUGGAAUUCUUGUUCCUCUCCUGCCCAUCCACUGGCUGCCCGCUGGCUAUAUUUGUCCAGGAGUGUGUUUUAUCUACCAUUUAGUUGUUCAUCUUACUGCAGUCUCCAUUGAUCCUGCGGAUGCAAAAGUGAGAGAAAAAAACUAUCUAGGGCCUCUGGCCACCUUCAAUCGUAAUCAGCAUGCACAUGUCAUUGAAAACCAUCAUUGCCAUGUCUGUGAUGUAAAUGUGAGUGCCAAAUCAAAGCACUGUGGAACUUGCAACAAGUGUGUGCAUGGCUUUGAUCACCACUGCAAAUGGCUCAACAACUGUGUGGGAAAGAGGAAUUACUGGUUCUUUUUGAACAGCGUGGUGUCUGCCAUCCUAGGCCUUGGGCUUCUGCUGCUCGUUGCUUUCUACGUCUUUGUUGAGUUCUUCCUUAACCCCACGAUGCUGCGUUCUGACCAUCACUAUGAAGGUCUGAAGAACCACACGGAUGUCUGGUUUGUGUUUCUGCCUGCUGUUCCUGUUGAGACUCGGGCACCUGCCAUUUUGUUCUCAGCUGGCACUUUUAUUCUUCUGGGCCUGGUGACUGUGGGCCUGCUAGGCCACCUCUUGAUCUUUCACAUCUAUCUUAUGUGGAACAAACUGACAACAUAUGAGUACAUCCUGCAGCAGCGUGCCCAGCAAGAGGCCAAAGAAGCAGACAAGCAGCCGGAUCCUUGUCCCUCCCAGGUGAUACCCAGUCAGGAGGCAGACUUACUCUCAGCUAACCCUGGUCAUACAGACGCUGGUGUUCGGGUUGAGGACUUCUCAGCAGUCAGCUCAGAAAAAUGCUUUUCAAAGCUCUAUGUCCACCCCGACGACGCUGAUCCUGAACGCAGCUCCUCUCCCGACCUCCCAUCUCUUCACUUUAAGGCCCCUCUGCAGAGCCAGAAGAAAAGGAGCAAGAAGAUGCUGAGGACUUCUUCCUCAGUGAUGGAGAGCAGACCUAAAGCACACACUGGAACUUGGGCUUCUUUUCCAGCUCCCCAGUCAGAGUUUCCAGCCACAGCUGCUGCCUCCUCCUCCUCCCACAGCCCUCUCCUCCUGCUGCCCUCCAUUCCCCUGCCCGCAGCAGUGCAGGCAGCAGCACCCCCAGCUGACUAUCACUCCGAGUCUGCUGAGUCCAUGGAUGAGAUUCCUGUGGCUCACACUCACCUGGGCAGCACAGCCCUUCACAGCCCUUGUAAGAACAGCUCAAGCAAUGCUCGGCGCUGCCCCAUGUCCACACCUGAUCCCAAACAUUACAAGGGGAAGAGUCUGUAUUCGGGGCACAAGGCGAAAAGGAAAAGCUGCCAGCGAGGCAGGCGUGUGGAACGAGAUCUGGAACUGUUUUCUAAGGCUCCUGCCGUGUUUGUAAGUAAGAGCAGUGGAGAACCUCAUGGCUCACAGCCUGGUGGGAGCACGGCUGAGCCACAGCACAGGAAAUGCACCAGCAAGCAGCAUCUGAGCAGGCGUGAUCCCUGUUUAAAGGACGUAAGGACAAACACCACAGUGCCCCAGUGACCAUCCUUGCAAAGCCACAGGUGAAACAAGAGGCUCUGCAUCGUAUUCUUAUGGCUGCUGCCUUCUGAGCUAGGACUGCCCUGAGCCCAGUGCCACCUUGUUAAGGGGAGCAGGUUUUCUAGAUAGAGAAGUGCCCGGGGCUGCCUGGGGUGUGAGCUUUGACGUGUUGCCAGAGGGCACUAAAAUAGAGCAUUCUCCAAAGGAAAGGGCUGUGUGCUCCUGACGCUCUGCAGUCCAACACUGCAGUAAGUUUCAUGCUGUAGGAUAAAACGAGGCGCAUCUCCGCUCUCUGUUGGUACCCUGAAAACUCAGUUUUCCACCUGCCUCCACCCAGGCAUAAACAGGUCAUUGUGGGGGGCCUUGGCUGCCAGGAAGCCCAGCUCUGCCCCGCAGCCAGCUCCAUCACAGCCCCAGAUAGCAGCAGAGCAGCUUCACCACCAGCACUGUGUGCCUGGCAUCCACGGCCCCCACCCUGAGCUGUGGCUGCCACCUUGGCUGCUCGCACCGUGUCUGACAGCCGCUGUGUGGGUGUGAUGGGGAGGGCUGUGUGCCCUGAGUGCCAUCGCACAUCCACCAUCGGGUGCCCCUGAGCAGCUCUGUGCUCUUUGCCCAUGCAGCACCAGUCCCAAAUGCACAUCCAGAGCUCUUAGCUCUGUCCACAAUAAAGUUUUCUACGCCCUUUGCUAAA